AUCUUUAUAUAUAACACUUUGAUAAAAAUAAACAUCAAUAUUUUAUCAGUGACAAAAUAUGAAGAAAGUUUUGGUAACAGGUGGCACUGGCUUAGUGGGGAAUGCCCUUAAAACAAUUAUUGACAAAAGUGCAAGUGGAGAUGAAUGGAUAUUUGUAGGAUCGUCAGAAGCCGAUCUAACUGACAACAAUGCAACACGAUCGCUAUUUGAGCGUGUGAAACCCACCCAUGUCGUGCAUUUAGCUGCGAUGGUUGGUGGCCUCUUCCAUAAUAUGAACAACAACUUGGACUUUCUGCGUAGAAAUCUGCAAAUAAACGACAAUGUGCUACAAAAUGCUUAUGAACAUGGCUGUGUGAAAGUAAUAUCCUGCCUUUCCACAUGCAUUUUUCCUGAUAAAACCAGUUAUCCAAUUGAUGAGACAAUGGUGCACAAUGGCCCGCCGCAUCCUUCCAAUUAUGGUUAUUCCUAUGCGAAAAGGCUCAUCGAUAUACAAAAUCAUGCAUAUUACGAUAAACAUGGGUGCAUGUUCACAUCAAUUAUUCCGUGCAAUAUCUUCGGUCCGCAUGAUAAUUACAAACCUGAAGUGAGCCAUGUUAUCCCGGGUAUGAUCAAUCGCAUGUACAGUUUAAUUCAUGAAAAUACGGAGGUGCCCGAAAGUGAAAAAGUGUUUACUGUUUAUGGAAGUGGUACACCAUUGCGGCAAUUUAUAUACUCACUGGAUUUGGCGAGACUAAUAAUUUGGGUUUUGGAUAAUUAUGAUAGUAUAGAGCCACUGAUUUUGAGUGUGGAUGAAGAAAAUGAAGUGACAAUUUACGAAGCAGCAAUGGCUGUGGCGAAGGCAUUUGAUUUUAAGGGCAAACUUAUUUGUGAUACCAGCAAAGCUGAUGGUCAACAUAAAAAGACCGCUUCGAAUCGGAAGUUGCGUAGUCUAUUACCAGAUUUCCAAUUCACCGACUUUGAGGAAGGCGUUAAAGCCUCUGUUAAUUGGUAUAUUGAUAAUAUAGAAAAAGUUAGAAAGUAAUUACAAUUUAUUUGUUUAAUUUUAUCUUUCUGAUGUCUUUAUUUUGUCUAUGCACAUUUUUACUUUUCUGAGAAAUAUUAUACACAAAGAAACUUUUAGCUAAAUAAACAA